UGUAUUUAUGUUUAUGGUUGGUGUCUGUAAAGUCUGCAAGUACUUGGGGAAAAUACGGUUUACUAUCGCGCUAACUUAAUAUCACAAUGUUGUUUCCAGAGGACACUCAUUUCAAAGAACCACACCUUAAUGGUGAUUUUAAAAGACUGCAGGUUUCAUACGUGUAUCGAGCAGACAAAUUUCAUUUCAAGUACAAUGACUUUAGUAAACAGUUUGCUUAUAUUUACGCUUCUCGUUUGGAGAAGAUAGCCGAAUUGAUGAAAGAUCGAAUUAAGGAGAAAUGGGGAGACAAGUACCCUGUAAAACAACUGGCAGAUCUUAAGGAGGAAAGUCAAGAACAGUGCAUUAUCAUCGGGACGUUAUUCAAGCACCAGGAACUUAAACCCAGCAUUCUGAAGGAGAUAUCGGAAGAGAACCAGCUGGUCCCACAACCACCAAGAUCUCAUUACAGCGAUGAUUCAGACAUUCUAAUUUUGGAGGACGCGCUUCAACGCAUUCGAUUGACCGGGAAGCUGAAUGUGCACACCACAGUAACCGGUAUCGUUUGUGCUGUUUUAGGUUACGAGGAUUGUGACGGACGUUUUCAGGUAGACGAUUACAUAUUUUACGAGUGUGGACCGCAGAAACCGUUGAAGACACUAGAAUGUUCACCACUGGUUGUGUUGAUCUCUGGGUUAAAUCAGAGUUCUCCGAAUGACCACUCAUUGCCAUUGGAGCUACUACAGCAAUGGAUUUUUGGUAAUCUUGAAGGUUUUGGCCAAACUUGCGAUUGGGAGGCUGCAAGUAUCGUACGGGUGAUCAUUGCUGGAAAUUCAAUCAAAGCAACGGUGAAGCCGAAAAAUAACCUUCAUAAUCGUUCUACUUUCGAAUCGAAUGAUCUGGUUAACGCAGUUCAAGCAGUGGAUUUCUUCAUGUACAAUCUGUCACAAUCGGUCAAUGUUGAUUUAAUGCCAGGGGAGUUCGAUCCGGCUAAUCAUAUGCUACCGCAGCAACCAAUGCAUCACUGCAUGUUUCCGAAAACAGCACCAUUUCAAACUUUCCGAGGUGUUCCAAAUCCAUACGCGUGCGAGAUUGCGAAUCGUUUCAUCCUCGGUACGUCUGGACAAAAUGUGCUUGAUAUUACCCGGUACUCCAAAAUUGAGGAUCCAUUAGAGGCGCUGAAAUGGACUUUAGUUUGGAGCCACUUGGCACCAACUGCCCCCGAUACCUUGCCUUGCUAUCCCUACUAUCAGCAGGAUCCGUUUAUAAUUGAUGAAUGUCCACACGUGUACUUUGCUGGAAAUACAGAUGUGUUUCGUACGGAUGUAUGGCAGGGUUCUAACGGGAGGAGUACAAGGCUAAUCUGUGUCCCUUCUUUUGCUAAAACUUGCACAGUUGCCGUGGUGAAUCUAAGGACACUUGAAUGCGAACCAAUCUGUUUCAAGGUUGAUGACUUUGAUCAAGUUGAAGAAUAGUUUUGAGUGUGCCAAUUCUGGUAGAUUUUGGAUUACCAAUUACUUUUCUAUUAUACACGUUGCGAUUCAUUUGUUUCAAGACUACUUCUGUUCAUUAUUUUUUCGGUUACUCUCAUAGUCUUUACCCAUCGAAACGAAUAUUACAGUCACUUGGGAGACUGGCUAUUGCUUAUGGGCAAUUAAUGUUAUUAGUCGCUGGGUGAUUCAGAAUUACUAUUGUACUAUAUUACAAGUAUUUUGAAGAAUAGAAUAAAGAUUGUACAAUGUUUUUCCGAA